UCUGCGACAUACCACCUCACUCCCACUUUUCUCUGGCCGGAGUCUACAGCGAAGACUUUUUGUUUAAGAAAACGACAUUUGUGUCCGUCUCCUCUGAAGCUUCCUUCAUGCGCUGCUGAGACCAGUAGAGCUGAAGAUGAAGAGCAGACUCUCUCUGGCAACAGUUGUGGCCCUCCUGGCACUGCUGCUGUCCUCCUCUCAGGCCCAGGAGCAAGACACUCAGUGUAAGACCACAGCGAAGGCCGACAUCAUGCUGCUGCUUGACGGCUCCUGGAGCAUUGGGCGUAUGAACUUCAAAACCAUCCGCAGCUUCAUCGCUCGCCUGGUCAGCGUGUUUGACAUUGGCCCUGACAGAGUCCAGAUCGGUCUGGUUCAGUACAGCGAUGACCCAAGGACCGAAUGGCACCUGAAUGCCCACCCCUCCAAAGCAUCCCUACUGGAGGCCAUCGCCAACCUGCCUUAUAAAGGAGGAAGCACCAUGACAGGCUGGGCUCUAAGAUACAUCUGUAACAGCAACUUCAAUCCCAGUGUGGGCAUGCGAGAAGAGUCCCGCAAAAUUGGUGUCCUGAUCACUGACGGAAAGUCCCAAGAUGAAGUUUACUUUAAGUCAAAGAACCUGAGAGACAGAGGCAUCAAGCUCUAUGCUAUUGGUAUAGGAAAUUAUGAUGAGUACGAGCUGAAGUCCAUUGCCUCUGAUCCGGACGAGAGUCACACGUACCUAGUUAGCAACUUCCAGUUCCUACUGGACAUCGUUGACAACGUCACAAUCAACUUGUGCAACAGCAUAAAGGCCUCAGCACCGCCUCUCUCUGGAGAUGCUCAGUGUAACACCACAGCGAAAGCUGAUAUCGUACUGCUGGUUGAUGGAUCCUGGAGUGUUGGACACGUAAACUUCAAAACCAUCCGCAACUUCAUUGCUCGUGUGGUCAGUGUGUUUGACAUUGGCCCAGAAAGUGUCCAGAUCGGUCUGACUCAUUACAGUGGUGAUCCAAGGACUGAAUGGCACCUCAACGCCCACCCCACCAAAGCAUCCCUGUUACAUGCCAUUGCCAACCUGCCAUAUAAAGGAGGAAACACCAUGACAGGCUUGGCUCUAAACUACAUGCUUGAAAACAACUUCAAACCUAAUGUGGGGAUGCGUGGAGACUCCCGCAAAAUUGGCAUCCUGAUCACUGAUGGAAGGUCCCAGGAUGAAGUCAUCCGAGUCUCACAGAAACUCAGAGACAGUGGCAUUGAGCUCUAUGCUGUUGGUAUAGCUCAUAUUGAUGAGAAUGAGCUGAAGUCCAUCGCCUCUGAUCCAGAUGAGAGUCACGUAUACUCCGUCACUGACUUCAAGUUCCUGCCGGACAUCGUUAAUGACCUCACAAUCAACUUGUACAACAGCUUAAAGGGCUCAGACGAUGAGCCACUGGGGGCACCAACCAACCUGGUGACCUCAGAGGUGAAACAGAGCUCCUUCCGCACCACCUGGACUCCACCUGACAGCACCGUGGAUCAGUUUCGCGUCACUUACUCGAUAGCAGCCGGAGGACUCCCCAAGGAGCUUUUAGUUGAAGGAUCGGUGACCACUGUAGUGCUGGAAAAUCUAAACCCUCUGACUGAGUACAUCAUCAAUGUUUAUGCUGUGGUUGGCGAGCGGAGCAGUGAGCCUCUCAGGGGCACCGAGACCACCCGAGAUGGAUAGGUGUCAUUUGAGCUGUGGGGGCAUCAUUCAGAAGAAAGUUUAACUCCUCUUCUUCAGUCCUUUCCACUCCCCCAAAACCAGUCAGCCACUUGAAAAUACUCCAUCUGUGUCGGUCUGCGUGUUCAUAUCUUUAUAUGUGUCAGUGUUUUUAGGAUCAUCAUGAUCAGUGCUAACUGCUUCACCACCAUGGUUAAUACUUCUGUCUCACAGCAAAAAGAUUCCUGAUUCCAGCUCCUGGUUUCUUCCUUUGUGGAGUUUGCAUGGUGCGAGCGCUCAGUUAGACUCAAAUUGUUUAUAAAUGUGACUACAUUACAGUUACUUCAUGUACUCUCUCUAUGUUGACCCGAGGAUCAAUAAAAACAACAUGGCUCUCAUGAUCAACAAA